CUCUCGGUGACAAUCUAUCAACCAAUUUGACAGUUCAUUCUUCUGCGAUUUAUACGCGUGAAAACACAAAUGGAUUACGCAAUAGGGUGGAAUCGUUUCAACCUGUCGGUAUUAGGAGUUUGGCCUGAACCUUCGAAGACGACGUUACUCUGGCGAUUAACGUCAGCCGGAAUCUUUUGGACAAGCACGACCGUGACAUUUUUAUUCAUAUGUGCGCCACAAACGACAGAUCUGAUUUUGAAUUCUACUACUCUGGACGAAGCUAUAGAAAAUUUAUCCAUCAACAUACCAAUAGCUUUCGCUUUGAUCAAGCAAAUCGUUUUGCGGUAUCACGGAAAAGCUUUGAAAUCAUUACUCGUCGACAUAGUCAACGACUGGGCUCAGUCCUUACCGGAACCAGAACGCUUGACGAUGUUGAAAACUGCUAAAAUGAGUCGAAGGAUAUCUCUUUUUUGUUCCACUUUGACAUACCUAAUGUUGACCGCCUUCAUAUCGCUUCAAACUUAUGCAAAUAUGGCCAGUGCCUCCGAAGUCGAUUUAGGAGGACUUUUGCAUCCAGCAACCUUCCCAUACGACAUCAAGAAAAGUCCCAACUUCGAGAUCACUUGGAUGGGACAAUUCAUGGGAACGGUUCUAACGGCCAUUUGUUAUUCUUGCUUCGAUACUUUUCUCGCAGUUUUUGUUUUGCAUUUGUGCGGACAAUUGUCGGUCUUGCAACUGAAUUUGAAAGAAUUGGCAGAGGUAGCAAAACGUGACAUCAGUUUAUUUCAGAAUAAACUCGGCUUCAUUGUGAACAGGCACAACGAACUGUACAGAUUCGCCUUAAUAGUAGAGAAUUGUUUCAACCUUACUCUACUCGGACAAACUUUGAUUUCAACGGCUAUGUUUUGCUUGACGGGAUAUCGUAUGAUCACGUCGAUAGGCUCACAGGAACAAGAUUUGCCGAUAGUAGGAAUGAUAUUUUUCAUCAUUCACGUGAUAUACACGAUGUUGCAUUUAUACAUAUAUUGUUACGUCGGUGAAACUCUUCUGAUAGAGGUGAGUCGAUACAAAGUUGGACGGUUACUCAAAGACCCAAGAAUUUUUCAACUUCGUGCCUUUCAGAGCACUGGAAUAGCUUUCUCCGCUUACGAUUGCGUAUGGUACGACUUGCCACCAAAAAAGGCAAUGUGCCUGAUGAUAGUAAUUUGUCGAGCAAGAAUAGCAUUUCAAAUCACGGCUGGAAAAUUCAGUCCAUUUUCUUUAGAACUGUUUGGUGCUAUUAUGAAAACGUCCGCCGGAUAUUUAUCGGUAUUACUAGCUGUAAAAGAAGGUCCGGUGGAAGAUUAAAGAAAUAUAUUUUGUUUAUAACGAACAAGCGAUUCAUGAAUCCGAAAGACAUUAAAAAUCGUUCGUACGUUAAUAUGUAUUAGCAUGUAAUAUUUUGUUUAUAAUUUAAUAAUAAUUAUCGAUAAAAUGCGAGUAGUAAAAAUACUGCAACAAAAUUAUUUAGAUUACUAUAAUGAGAAUUCCACUGCAAUAGAAUAUUGAAAGAGUAACCAAAUUUAUCGUACAACAUUUAAACGUUCUUGUAACUAGGAAACGUGAUAAGUGUAAAGAAA